CAAACGCGCAUUAUUCAUUAUUCCCUCCCGCCGUCCUUCUUUCUAGCUUUCCAGCUACCCACUCUCUCUCUCUCUCUCUCUCUCUGCUUACCCAUUUUCUUCCUCUAGAAACUUUCCGAGAAAAUAUGUGUUAAUAUAUUAAUCAGAGUUCACAAUCUUGUCUAUAUACUUUUGGGAUGGGUGUAUCAAAGAGCAACAAGAAGCAUCAAUGUUACAUUGCAGUGCCAUCUCAGGUAAUUAAUUCACUUUCUUCUUCCGCUCUUCAAACUCUACUAGAAGAAGCUCCCAAGAAAAAGACGAAGACUACUGAUCCUUCCAAGUUGAAGCUUUUGCUCGCUAAUCCAAGAUUCUGGAUUUUCUUGCUUUUUCUCUUUGCGUUUGCUGGGAUAUUGUUAAAUAUGUGGCUUAACUUUGACCCUUUCUCACAAUACCCAUGUUCCAUUUCUCAAGAAAAGGGUCAAAUCUCUACUUCCCCUCAGCUCAGUAUUGCUGCUGUGAAUGAAAAAAGUAUAGUGAAUGAAAAUAGUAGUGAGUUCUGGAAGCAACCUGAUGGGUUGGGUUACAGGCCUUGUUUGGAUUUUAGUGCAGAGUACAGAAAGGCAAGUGAGGAGAUUUUGAAGGAUAGGAGUAAGUACCUAAUGGUAGUAGUUUCUGGGGGAAUGAAUCAGCAGAGAAAUCAGAUUGUUGAUGCUGUUGUCAUUGCAAGAAUUCUUGGCGCUGCUUUAGUUGUUCCCAUUUUCCAAGUCAAUCCUAUUUGGGGUGAUGAAAGUGAGUUUUCCGAUAUUUUUGACAUGGAUCAUUUCAAAAAAGUUUUGGCAAAUGACGUGCGAAUAGUUUCAUCGCUUCCUUCUACACAUGUGAUGACUAGGCCAGUGGAGGAGAAACACACUCCUCUCCAUGCUUCCCCUCAAUGGAUACGCUCACAUUAUACCAGAAAGCUUAGAAGGGAUGGAGUUCUUCUUUUGCGAGGUCUUGACUCAAGGCUAUCUAAGGAUCUACCAUCCGAUCUUCAGAAACUUCGUGGCAAGGUGGCUUUUCAUGCUUUGAGGUUUAAUCCAUCAAUCUUAGAGCUCGGUAACAAAUUUACAGAGAGGAUGAGGAGCAAGGGACCAUAUCUUGCUCUUCAUUUGCGAAUGGAGAAGGAUGUGUGGGUGAGGACCGGAUGUCUUCCUGGUUUAAGUUACGAGUAUGAUGAAAUGAUAAACAAUGAGCGGAAGCGCAGACCUGACCUCUUAACUUCAAGGUCAAACAUGACCUACCAUGACAGGAAGCUUGCUGGUCUCUGCCCCUUGAACGCAUUGGAAGUUGCAAGGUUGAUAAAGGCUCUGGGAGCUCCAAAGGGUGCAAGAAUCUAUUGGGCUGGUGGAAUUCCGUUGGGUGGGAAAGAAGCCCUGCAGCCAUUGACCAAGGAAUUUCCUCAUUUCUAUAACAAAGAGGAUCUUGCUUUGACUGGGGAACUUGAGCCAUUUGCCAAGAAAGCAUCACUUAUGGCUGCUAUUGACUACAUAGUGUCGGAGAACAGCGACGUUUUCAUGCCAUCUCAUGGUGGAAACAUGGGCCAUGCCAUUCAGGGACACAGGGCCUAUGCAGGGCACAAAAAGACUAUCACUCCUAAUAAGAGACAGAUGCUCCCACAUUUUCUUAACUCAUCUCUCUCUGAGACAGAGUUCAACAGAAUUAUACUGGAUUUGCACAAAGAUUCGUUAGGUCAGCCGGAACUCAGGAAGACAGGAAGGGAUGUUACAAAGUACCCUGUCCCAGAAUGCAUGUGCAACACUACUACUAUCCAUUCCUCCGUGUAAACUCCUUUCGCACUAACCAGACAAUUUUGCGAUGAUAUAAGAAUCGUUGACAAUGUGAAUCAGCAUCACUGCAUCUGCGGGAUUAGCCCUCCCUUAAGAUAGUCUCUUACAUUCCACAAAGAGGGCUUUCUCAGGUGCAACACUGUUCGGAAGGAGGGCCUAAGGCAGAGGUAGUAACAAUUAGAUGCGGAUGUAGAAGGUUACUCUGAUUCAAAAGCAACAACUCCUACAGCUUCAUAUUCUUUCUUGCUAAUUAUUUUUUGCACGUCAUAUUCUUUUGAAGUUGGGGAGCUAGGCAAAGAUGAAUUAUUAGUUUAGUAAAGAAAUGUCAUUUUAUUCAAUUCGUUCUUUACACAUCUAUGUAAUCCAUCAGUCUAUGUAUAUGCAAUAUAUGUACAAAAUCGUACAAAUUUUGGAGGUACUUGUACAUUUAGUCA